UUUUCUAAAAGGUGCUUCUGCUAUGUGGAACCACAGAAUUUAACAGGUGUCUUGGAAUUUCUGAUCCAGGGCCUUUCAGAUGAUCCAGAGGUGCAACCUAUCCUCUUUGGACUGUUCCUGUCCAUGUACCUGGUCACGGUUCUUGGGAACCUGCUCAUCAUCCUGGCCGUCAGCUCUGAUUCCCACCUCCACACCCCCAUGUACUUCUUCCUCUCCAACCUGUCCUUGGCUGACAUUGGCUUUAGCAGCUCUACAAUUCCCAAGAUGCUGGUGAACUUCCAGACACACAGCAAAUCCAUCACCUAUGCAGGUUGCCUAACUCAGGUGUCCUGUUUUUUCCUUUUUGGAUGUUUGGAUAGUCUACUGCUGGCCGUGAUGGCCUAUGACCGCUUGGUAGCCAUUUGCCACCCUUUACAUUACCCAAUCAUUAUGAACCCCCGCCUCUGUGGCCUGUUGGCCCUGGUGUCCUUCUCCAUCAGUCUUGUGGACUCCCAGGUACACUGCUUGAUGGUGUCACAACUGACCUUCUGCCAAGAUAUAGAAAUCCCUCAUUUCUUCUGCGAUGUUCCUCAGUUAUUCAAACUUGCCUGUUCUGAUACCUCUGCUAACAACAUAGUCAUAUUUCUCGUUGGCACCAUCUCUGGUUUUCUGCCUAUCGCAGGCAUCCUCUUCUCCUACUGUAAAAUUGUUUCCUCUGUUCUAAGAGUCCCAUCCUCAGGUGGGAAGUGCAAAGCCUUCUCCACCUGUGGGUCUCACCUAACAGUUGUUUGCUUAUUUUACGGAACAGGCCUUGGGGUGUACCUCAGUUCAUCUGACUCGACUUCCUCCAGAAAGAGUAUGGUGGUCUCAGUGAUGUACACCAUGGUCACCCCCAUGCUGAACCCCUUCAUCUACAGUCUGAGGAACAAGGACAUCAAGAAGUCCCUGCAGAGAAUUGUCAGCAGAAUAACCUAA